CCCUCUGCUUUGACAGCCAGCGCUCGCUCAGUUUGAAACUCACAGACGCUCCGUUUUUAUUUUCUUAUCUGAUUUUCCUAGUUUUUCCCAGUUUUCCAGCUUCCAAGAUGGGUUCAUCCACCAGUAAGUUCCUCCAGACGAUGCAGGAGAAGAAAGAAGUUGAGGAGAAGUGUGAAAUUGAUCCACGUUCACCAUCACUACACAUUUCUCGGACUCCAAUCAACGAAUUUCUGCUAAAGGCCAACAGUAGGAUUACCAAGGCACAGGAUCUGACUACGAAUAUUGAGACACCUCUCGGUGGAAGUUACGAGAGUAUUUCAACGAGAACAAAGCAACUUGAGCUCCUUGCGCUGGAUCCUCGAUCUCCUUCGCAGGGAAUCCAGAGAACGCCACUCUCGGUGGGUGUAAGUGAUGAUGAUGAGGAAGAGGAGGCUGCCCAGGAGUCAGCUGGAGAGAGUUUUGAAUCUGCUCUGUCCAAAAUUGACUUCAACGACGACGAUGGUGAUGGCAAGGAAGAGCAGCCGGAAAAGAAGUUGCUGGAAACGAAUUUUGACUACAAACCCCCGGAGGAUGCAGCACUAGUUGAGAAUACAAUUGAUCCGCGAUCACCUGGAUUAGAAAGGACACCAUUUGUGUUUGAGGAUGAAGCUCCACCAACAUCAGUGAUGAAGGAUUGUGAGAAUGCAACACCCAAAUCCGUGCGCAAUGUGGCCCCUGUGAAGGUGUUCCACGAUGAAAAUACCCAACAGCAGCAGCAGCAGCAUCUUACCCCAAAGCAAUUGAUUGUUGGACAGGAGGGCAAUAGGACACCGUUAAGCUGCUUAGCUAAUCGAGGAAUUCCCCGAAGCAGCCUCAAGACACCAGCAAAUUCCCAAAAUUUCCCAGUGAAAACCAUCGGCAGAGGAGGAACAAUCACCAAGAGUGCCACCCAGUCAAAGAUUCCUCUGCCAACCAGGAGAUGCGUUGAAAAUUAAUCAUUUUUCCUUUUAAAUUACAUAAUUAUUGUUUCUUUGAGUAAUAUUCUCAAUCAUUUUUCUAGACAAAAUAAAUUGAGUGAGAGUUUAAUAAAAAAUUUGU